GCGGUCCGUGUAAUGAAGCAGUAGCGCGUUUGUGUUUUCUAUCGGUGAAAAAUUUGUUUUUCAUUUAUUAUUUGUUAGCUGCUCCGCUUAUGAACGUGCUUAAACCCCUUUCCAUACGAGUGUCCGCCUGUCUGGCGAGGUGAUACUGUGAUAAUAUAUGUCUAGAUUUGUGUGUGCUCGCUGCGUCCGAGAUGCGAAAGUGUUCCCCCGGCGAUUGUGAGUAACUUCACUCUGUUCCCAUUAUCGUGUGGCACCGUGUUUGGCAACGGGAAAGGUACAAAGGCAAGGAAAAUCCGACCAGCAAUCCGCUUUGCAUAAGUUUCACCAUCGUGUAAGUUGUGUCUCGUGAUAUCUCUACGAAAGAUCCGGAUGAAGUUUUAUGCGUGAUUUUGUCCAGCACCGUUUCCGGAGCCAACUCGGAGUAAAGAGUAAAAUUUUCGCAUGGCCAAGUACACCUUGCAAUAGAAAUCGAAAUACAUGAUCGUGACCGAAGGGAAAAAGUACGGUGGCCCACAUAGUAUUGUUCGCAUUGCUCAGUUCCGUUUUGUCCAUUGUGAGUAGUGUAAUAGUGUAAAGUUUUUAAGUUAUUCGUUGUGCGAUUUAAAUGAUUGUACAUAAGUGAAGAAUGUCGAAAAGCAAAACAGCACAUCCGAAAAUCGAUAGCGAUCGUGUAGAAAUUAAGUCAAAGUUCGAUGCUGAAUUCCGGCGAUGGUCUGUAAAACGUUCCGAACAACAUUCCUUCGAAGAGUUCCAGUCGUUAAUCGAACGGCUGCACAAGCUCGACCGCUCCCAGCUACUCGUUUCCUACAUCGAUCCGCGGGAUAACGAUUUGCUACCGAUCAACAAUGACGACAACUUUGGAAGGGCUUUAACGACGGCGCGACCCCUGCUGCGCGUAAUCAUUCAAAAGAAAGGUGACAGUAUUGAAGAACGAACGGGAUACGGUACGAUUCGACCCAGAAAUCUCAUCAGUAGCAUUCUUGGACAAACGCCGGUGAAGCCGAAAGCUUUGGCGAUAUCAAAUCCGCACGAUUUUAGACAGGUAUCCGCUAUCAUCGAUGUCGAUAUUGUGCCCGAAACAUGCCGACGAGUACGUUUGCUGAAACAUGGCAGUGAAAAACCUUUAGGAUUCUACAUUCGUGAUGGUACAUCAGUGCGAGUUACCGCUAAAGGUUUAGAAAAGCUACCCGGAAUCUUCAUUUCUCGUCUCGUGCCUGGCGGAUUAGCCGAAAGUACCGGCCUGUUGGCGGUUAAUGAUGAGGUGCUGGAGGUAAACGGUAUAGAGGUGCUAGGCAAAACGCUGGAUCAAGUGACAGACAUGAUGGUGGCCAACAGCUCUAAUCUUAUCAUCACGGUAAAACCCGCCAACCAGCGAACCCUUGCACCGCCCCGGCGCGGAUCAUUCUCGCGCAAUAGUCAGCUUUCGGGCGGGUCGCACCAGUCGCACCAUACGACGGGUUCGGACGAAAACGACCAAGAUGAUCAGGACGAGGUAGUGGACCUUAUCGAAGCGGUCACGCUAGAGGAGAGCAAUCUCAUCUCCCAAAAAGAUGGUGUGCUGCAUUUGUAGGCUCAAUUGUUUAUCUACGAUAACAUUUCCAAAUCUGUUUGUUAGGGUGCGUUCGUCAUAUCUUCUCCAAAUCUGGCAUACUAGUGGGCGGAACGUUUAAAACAACAAACGCACACAAUCACACACAAAGAGCAGUUAGGUUGUUUUUCGCUAUAACAAAGUUUCAUAGCAAUUGCAUUUGUUGAAGUUUUGUGUGUUCGGUUAUGCGCGCUACACUGUAUUUUAACGAAUGGAAACUACGGAAAGUGCCUGGCAGUUGUCAUCCGACGUUGAAGUCAAUUCCUUUUGUAGGAGUUUUAUUGAAUGUGUACAUGCUUGGAAGGAGCGUUCGUUACUUCAUUAAAAUCGUUACUUAAUGCAACAAACAUACAUGUAUGGAACAAAAACACAUUCCAAUCUAUGAUCUAAAAUCCGCAUGAAAUUUUAUAUCUAAAUGUCCAGGAGAAAAAGACAUUUGAAAGGUUUUCUUUCUCGUUCACUAAUAGUUAGCGAACGUGGAUCGUUGAUCCGAUGUGAUAGAAGCGUAAAGAAAAAUAACAGCAAAGAGAAACAAAUUUUAACAGUAUAUUUGAAUUUAUUGUAUGCAAACCGUGCCUUCCUAAAUUGUCUGUCUUAAAAAGCGAUCGAUAUACAAGACAAAGAUUUACCCAGCCUUGAAUAUCCCCGCAUUGUUGCUUAAGCGAAUCGGCAUAGGAAAUAACAUAUAAGCGCAUACGCAGAGAGCUUACGACUCAAUCAAAAGCAAUUUCGCUUUAAUUCAACCGUUGUACUUCAAGAUAAAAAAAACCUAACAAACAGUACUUACAUACAAAUGUAAACAGAAUAGUUGUUGGAAAUGGGUAUUCAACUAUCGACUAGAAUGGCAGUCUAAGAACAAUUUCUCGUAUCUUGACGAUCCACGCAAAAGUAGCAAAGCACCACAUUCUGAACAGUAUAGUUUCGUUUCCUAUAAACAGAGCUUUUGCUCAUCAACGAUCUGAAAUGAAAUGAAGCUGAAGAAAAAUAAUUGCUCACGAGUAAAUAUCAGCAGUUUGGUUAUCAUAACAAAACAAAACUAACAUCAGAUAACUGCUAUGCAAUACCAAAUAUUAAAAGGAGUUCACAGAGUCGUGGGUAAAUUGUAUUUAAUGCCUUUUUAAGACGCAUGGUUUACCAUUGCGUAGUUAUGCAGACACCGCUAUUACAAUAGAAAACAAGCAAUUGCGUUUAACACAAACGAUAACGCGGGGUAGUGAAACAGUAAUGCUAAGUUUGACGAAAGGAAAAUCGAAAAAGUCACGUACACCGACAACGGUGCAUACACAUUCACGUAUGCAAUGCAAAACUGGAAACGUUCAUAAUCUUUGGCAGCUGGUAACAAAGAUAACAAGCAAGGCGUGAUGCAACGUUAAUGUAGCUGUUACUAUAUUUUUACCAACCCUUACUGUGGGAGCACGAAGCGCGAUCUCUGGUAUAUCCAGCAGGUGUUUUCUUCCAACUAGACUGUCCUAAGCAAUUCGUCCUGUUUUCAUCCCUCACCCAUUAUUUUCAGAGUAUUGCUCCGCCCUCAUAUAUGCGAACAUUAUUACACAGUAUUUUUUUUGUUAUUAUUCGCUUAGUUGUAGCAUAAAAAGAUAGAACGAUAGUGGAACGGAAAACAAACACCACUUUUCGAUAUUCAAAAUAAGAGGAUCACCCACGAUUUGCGACUUAUACUCACUAGGCAUAGUUUAGCAUACACAUGUUCGAUCGGCACACACUACUGUGUCAUGGCGUUUUCCUCUCACGUGAUCGGGCGUGUGUACGUAGUCAUCG